AUGGCUCAUCAAUCACAACCAUCCUACGCCGGCGCUACUAAAAAUGGAGCACUCGCACAACCUCAAUUGGACUCUCCCUUACAACAUUUCACCGAAUCCUCCUUUGACUCCGUCGAAUUCCUAAAUGACCACCUCCCACCACUGACGCUAUCAGUCUCCCAGCCACAUGCUUCUCGAGCACCAGAUUCUGUCGGUCUAGCCGAGCUUUCUUCUCGGAGCCAAUCUCUCGUUUCGCAAUUGGGCACGCAAAAUCUAACUGAAGAGAUAUUGCGAAGUGGUGGAAGGCUUGCAUACGAAGUUGAAGUGCUGCGGGGCGAGGCAAUCAGUCUUGCGGACGCUCUGGCGGAGAAUUUACACGAAGAUAUUAUCAAGUUCGCUCCAGAAGGACAGGAAGUGAGCGAAGAGAAUAAGAAAGCCCCGGACGAAGAGGGUGAAAACGUCGAAAUUACGCCCAAACUGCCCAAUGAGCCAGAUUUCAUUACUCAAUUACGAAUACUGGGUCAAGUGCGCACGCGAUUAGAGGAAAUUAUCCAGACAUUCGGAGACGCGAUGGAAUGGCCGCUUCCACCGUCUGAACUAUCGAUCACAUCCUCCUUCAUAUCCGUAUCAGCACCGGAACCCGGAACUGAGAGUCAUAGCCGCGAGGAACGAGGUCAAGAAGUGGCUAAAAGGCUUCGAACAGAAAUCACAGAGUUACUCGAUAGUAACGGAGGGGGAGACGCUGGCUUGGCCGCUGCUACAGAACGACUGGAUAGACUACGCAAUCUCGCUAUCAUAUGGAAAGGCACAGCUGAGGAGAAGGCCCGUACUCGGUUUCUGGAUGGUCUCGCACGAAUCAUUGAAGAUCGACGCAAGGCCUUGGAGAACCAAAGAGAACGUGCAUCGAAGAAAGCAAGAUCGUCGAUGGAGCAAAUCGCUGAAGAACGUGACAGCGGGCCUGGCGGGGGUCUGUUUCGAAAUCUUCAGCGCAUCCGAGAUGAAAUUUACCUAGAGUAGCUGGACUUCUCUCGAUUAGCUGUGAUUGAUAUGUAUAGAUGUAAUGCUAUUUUUGUAUUCGGGGAGGGUACCCCACAAUAUAGAAGAGACCCACACGUGAUCC